AUGACGACACCUUCACAUUUUACCGAUCGGGAACCCCCGCUGGUGGUAGCAGCUGGGGAGGGUAAUGAGUUGGAGGCCCAGCCCUCGGGUUCAUCAGUUGAUGCGGCCUUCAUUCUUCGUCUAACCGAGAGCAAGUGUACGUCACCAUAUCAACUUUGCCAAUUGAACAUUAGAGCCAUUCAGCCAUUAGUCUAA